AUGAACAUCUUACUGAAGCUGGUGAUUUUCGCCGUUUGCGUCUCUUUAGCUCCUGCACAAGUUGAUGUGCAGGAUGUCAAUGACACAACAACCCCAAAACCUGCACCUACAUCCAAAUCCUUGGUAAGAAAUGAAACUACUACAGCCACACUUUCCACAACCAGAAUUUCUACACCCACAAGUUUUAACAGCACAGAAGAAGUGAAUUCAACCUUGAUUCUUACUUACCAUGUCAGUGGUGGUUCUACCAAUGGUAUGCUUCAGAGGUCAUUAUAUGUGGCCAUAGGAAUCAGUACUCUUGUUGCACUUUACUUUAUUGUCCGAACUCUUAAAACAAGAGGAAGACGGAAAGCUAAGAAGUAUGGGGUAAUCCAUGGGGCAGCGUCCGUGGAAUUGCAGCCACUAGACAGAGAUGUUGAUGAGGAAGAAGAGGAUAUGACUCUUUUUGAUAUGAAAGAUGCAAAACGACCAUUGAAAUAAAGUAUGCUGAAAUUAAUGUAAUAAUCAUCUCAGCUGAAAGUAAAGAUAUACAAGUAUUUAGUAACUAAGAAGAAGGCUUAACAAGAUAGGUAGUUGUUACACAUUGGACCCUGGUUUAACUGUAUCAUCUCACUUUGAACAAUCCAUGACAAUAUGUUUAAGAUUCUUGAGGCAUAAUUUUGUAGUUUUUCUGCCAUAGGGAUCCACAGUAUGAAUUGUGCAUCUUGUGUACUUAGCUUAGUCAGGGAGAGCAGAAGGGCCUAUGAACUCCUAUUUGCAAAGACAAAAUUUAUUUUAUAGGGGUGAAGGGAGGGUGUAUUCUCCAGCAGGGUGAAUUUUAAUGAUAGCAUAGCAUGAAUUACUUAUUACCACAACAUAUUAAUUUUAAGUGGUUUUAUAACAAAGCAUACUUACCUUAACCCUUUAACUCCCAAGAUCUGAUUUUCAAUUCUCCCUUCUAGCUGUUACACAUUUCCUUGUAAAUAAGUUACAAGAAUUUGGUGCUAGAUCAAGUUAGCAACUUCUACCUGAUAAGUUUGAGUAUUCUUAUUACCUGCUUACUGUAUGAUUUAUGAAUAUUAUAGGGAUAAGUUAUAUUUUGAUCACUCUUGGGGUUUAAAGAAUUAAUUUGUAAAAUUUUUUUUUGUCACAGUGUUUACUUGGCUUGGUGCCAACCAUGACAGUAUCAGUAAGAGUGUACAUUCUAAGACUCAAGAUAGAAUUUUGGUUAUCAGUAUAUCAAGUUGCCUUCUAAAAUUCUGUGACUAUUAACAGAAAUCAUAAUUUCAUGUCACAAAUUAGUGUCAACCAUUGGGCUCUUAUUUAUUCACUGGUAGGUAAUUAUGAUAAGUCAAUAUUUAUAAGCAUUUGUUAUCCACACGUAACUCUACCAUCUGAUCAAAGAUAAUUGACCUCAAGAAACUGGCAGGGUUUAAAGAACACAGGCAGAGCACGAAAGGAUA